GUUUUCCUGGUGCUCAGAACAAAUAAUGUUUUAUACUAGAUGAGCAGAACUAAAGAUUAAACGUUAGUUGGCCUUAAGCAUUCUUCAGUUCGCAGACUACUGGCCAACCAGUUAAAAGACUCCUUUGUGAGCUGGAGGUGGUGACGUCAAAUGGGCUCUAUAAAGACAUAAAUUCAUAGUUUAGCUGGAACAACACAGCAGUAGGAGGAUGAGUCUCUGUGUCCUCCUCCAUUUCUUAACUUGCAUAACUAAUGAGCCUUAAGCCCUGGAUAAAUUAAGCAGGGACUGGUGACUGCUCUCAGAUUUGCACAUGCUAGCUUGCUGUUCACAGUGUAGGCUAACAAGAUAAAGGGAUUAUAUACUGUUUGUAGAUUAUUUUGAUCAAUUACCGCUCAAAUAACAUGUUGGAGAUGCUUGAAUACAGCCACUAUCAGGUGCAAUCCCACCUGGAGAAUCCCACCAAGUACCACAUCCAGCAGGCUCAGAGGCAGCAGGUGAGGCAGUAUCUGUCCACUACCCUGGGUGGUAAAGCCGGCAGCCAGUGCCCCAGCCAGCCCCCCGAGCACGGCAUGCCACCCGGACCCGGCAGCAGUGCCCCCAACAGUCCCAUGGCCCUGCUCACCCUCAGCUCCAACUGUGAGAAAGAGAUGGAUGAUGUCAUUGAUGAUAUUAUUAGCUUGGAGUCAAGUUACAAUGAAGAUGUUCUUGGACUUAUGGACCCAGGACUUCAAAUUAACAACCAGCUCCCUGUGUCUGGUAACCUCCUCGAUGUGUACCACAACCCAGGACUUCCACUCCCUGGCCUUGGCAUCAGCAACUCCUGUUCACCCAACAUUAAGAGGGAAUACACAGCUCCUGGCAUGAAGCAAGUACUGGACAAGCCGGGAUCCUGUGGCCAGUAUGAAAGCUAUCAAAGGCCAGAGGGCUUUCCAGUAGAGGCUGAAGUUCGUGCUCUUGCUAAAGAGAGACAGAAGAAAGACAACCACAACUUAAUUGAACGAAGACGGAGAUUCAACAUCAAUGAUCGCAUCAAGGAGCUGGGAACCUUGAUACCAAAGUCAAAUGAUCCAGACAUGCGCUGGAAUAAGGGCACCAUUCUGAAAGCCUCAGUGGACUAUAUCAGGAGGCUACAGCGGGAGCAGCAGAGAGCCAAGGAGCUUGAGUGCAGACAGAGGAAGCUGGAGCACGCAAACCGCCAUCUAAUGCUUCGUAUACAGGAGUUGGAGAUCCAGGCCCGCGCUCAUGGUAUUACAGUGGUGUCAUCCCCAUCUGUCUGUACAUCAGAUUUGAUAGCGCGAGCCAUUAAACAGGAGCCUGUCCUCGGCGACUGCCCCUCAGAUGUCUACCAUAGCUCAACUCCUGACAUGUCCCCUCCGACCACACUAGACCUCAACAACGGCACCAUCACCUUCGACCAGAUUCCUGCAGACGCUGGGGACCCUGGCCAUUAUGGAAACUCCAGGACCUGUAAAAUGAAGGAAUUGGUAAGGGACAACACCCUGUCGCCAAUUUCCCCAAGUGAUCCUCUGCUGUCCUCGAUGUCCCCAGAUGGCUCCAACAACAUUAGCAGCCACCACAGUUCCUGCUCUAGUAUGGAGGAGAAGGAGCAAGGCUGUUAGCAUUGUCCAAUGCCAUGAGCCAUACUGACACUUCGUAUCUGUAGCAUCCCAAUGAGGCACCUCAACUUAAAGUGACUCCAUAUUUUUAUUUUUACUUUUUGCCAAUUUAUUGCUGAACUCUAAUGUUCAAAUACUGUUUGUUAAUUUAACUGAGAUAUUUCAGUCCCUCCACUGUACACAGCAUUUUUACAUUCUUCUAAUCGUAAUGCCGUAUAGGACAGUUCAGAAUCACUUGACAUUAUAGAGGGUGACUGACAAAUAUGACAAUCUGCUGUUAUUAUAGCCUGGUCAACUUAAUAACUUUACUAUUUUUAGACUGUUUAUUUUUGUCUUUAUUUAAACUAGGGUUUCUCAUAUGUGUCCCAAAUAUACCAUGCUCUGUAUUGAACUGUACUGAGAUAUGUGAAAAUGUUUUGGUCGGUUAAAAUGUUAGUAAAGUGCAAAAGUUUACUGUAAUGUUCAAACUUGCCAGGAAAAAAAAGAUUCACUUCUUGUAGACAGAAUAUUAGACUGCUGACUCAGAGUCAAUCUAACAGUGUUUAACUUCUGAAGGUUACAUUGCAAGAAAAUGCACAAAAUAUAAAUUGGUAUUUAAAUAUUAAAGGAUCAAGAGGUGCAUAUUAUUGCAUAUUAGUAAUUGUUUCUAGACAUAUUUAACAUGUAUUAUUACCCCAAGCUCUUGUAUUCUGAGGAAAAAACAAACAUUGUCAAGAUGAGAA